CGGGUGUGCGGGGCGGGCUCUCAGUGGUGCGGCCGGCGGGCGGCGAUGGCGGCCGUACGGGGCCUGCGAGUGUCGGUGAAGGCGGAGGCCUCGGCGGGGCCGGCCCUGGGGCUCCCGUCGCCUGAGGCGGAGUCCGGUUUGGAGCGUGGCGAGCCGGAGCCCAUGGAGGUGGAGGAGGGCGAGCUGGAGAUGGUGCCGGUGCGGCGCUCGCUGAAAGAACUGAUCCCGGACACAAGCAGAAGGUAUGAAAACAAGGCUGGCAGUUUCAUCACUGGAAUUGAUGUCACCUCCAAGGAAGCAAUUGAAAAGAAAGAACAACGAGCCAAGCGCUUCCAUUUACGAUCAGAAGUAGAUCUUGCCCAAAGAAAUAUAGCCUUGGACCGAGACAUGAUGAAGAAAGCAAUCCCCAAAGUGAGACUGGAGACAAUCUACAUUUGCGGAGUGGAUGAGAUGAGUACCCAGGAUAUCUUUUCCUAUUUUAAAGAAUACCCUCCAGCUCACAUUGAAUGGUUGGAUGAUACCUCCUGUAAUGUGGUUUGGCUGGAUGAAAUGACAGCCACACGAGCCCUUAUCAAUAUGAGCUCUCUGCCAGACCUGGAUAAGAUAAGAAGCAGGGAUGCCAAUGAGGACAAGUCAUCUGAGAAAAGCAAAAAAGACAAGCAGGAAGACAGUUCAGAUGAUGAAGCUGAAGAAGGAGAAGUUGAAGAUGAAAACUCAAGUGAUGUAGAGUUGGAAACAUUAUCUCAGGUAGAAGAAGAGUCUCUGCUAAGAAACGAUCUUCGUCCAGCUAAUAAACUUGCUAAAGGAAAUAAGUUAUUCAUGAGAUUUGCUACAAAAGAUGACAAAAAAGAACUUGGAGCAGCCAGAAGAAGUCAGUAUUACAUGAAAUAUGGGAAUCCAAAUUACGGAGGCAUGAAAGGAAUUCUUAGUAAUUCUUGGAAGCGAAGAUAUCAUUCCCGUCGCAUUCAGCGGGAUGUGAUCAAGAAGAGAGCCAUGAUUGGGGAUGAUGUUGGCUUGACGUCCUAUAAACAUCGACAUUCCGGACUAGUGAAUGUUCCUGAGGAACCCAUUGAAGAAGAGGAGGAGGAGGAGGAGGAGGAGGACCAGGACAUGGAUGCUGACGACAGGGUGGUAGUAGAGUACCAUGAGGAGCUCCCAGCUCUCAAGCAGACCCGGGAGCGGAGCUCAUCCAGGAGGUCCAGUGCCAGCAGCUCAGACUCCGAUGAAAUGGACUAUGAUCUAGAACUGAAAAUGAUUUCCACUCCUUCACCAAAGAAAAGCAUGAAAAUGACUAUGUAUGCUGAUGAAGUGGAAUCUCAGUUGAAAAAUAUUAGGAACUCCAUGAGGUCAGAUACUAUAUCAACAAGCAAUAUCAAAAACCGAAUCGGUAACAAAUUGCCACCUGAGAAAUUUGCAGACGUCCGACAUUUAUUAGAUGAGAAACGUCAGCACACACGCCCACGGCCGUCAGGCAGCAGCACUGCUUCAGAUAUACGCCAGCGGUUAGGAAAAAGACCACAUUCUCCAGAAAAGGCUUGUAACCCUGUCGUUCGGAGAGAGCCCUUUUCUGAUGUUCAUAGUAGGCUAGGUGUUCCCAGGCAAGACACUAAAGGCCUCUAUUCUGAUACUCGGGAGAAGAAAUCAGGUAGUUUAUGGACUCGCUUAGGAUCUGCAUCCAAGACCAAAGAAAAGAACACGAAGAAAGUGGAUCGUAGGGCCCCUGGCACUGAGGAAGAUGACUCCGAGCUGCAAAGGGCAUGGGGGGCUCUGAUUAAGGAGAAAGAACAGUCUCGCCAAAAGAAGAGCCGUUCAUCCAAAGAGCAGAGAACUGAACUUCUCACUAUUGCCUUGGCCCUGACAGCUGUUACCAGCACCCUUUUCCCAAGAAAAGUCAAUUCCCAGGUGCUUAUUGGACAGCCUUCGAGGGGGAAGAUGAGGGAAGCUGCCAGCUCACUCUUCCAGGACCCUAGUGUGGGGGCCGAAUCUCAUGGACCUGACCUCAGAGGUGCACCAGUGCUGCCCAGGGAGAGGUACCAGCUACCCAGGGGAACUUGCAGAGGCUCCACAGAUGUACACUCUCCUCAUCUGGCCUCGUCUAGUUCAUUCCUUGAAUCCCUCCCCAAAGUUCAACCACUGUCUCCCGCUCCAUCUCCAUAGCAGCUCCUCACUGGUCUCUGCCCCAUCUCUCCCUCUCUCUUCUGCACCAUACCCAGGAUGAACUCUUGUUGUUAGCAGUUUAUUGACAUAUAAUUUAUGUAUUGUGCAUGUCAGUGGCUUUCUGUAUAGUCACAGAGAAGUGCAGCCGUUGUCAUAAUCAAUUUUAGAACAUUGCGUCACUAAAAAGAAACCUUGUACAUUAGCAGUCACUCCUCAUUCCCUGUCCCCCUCCCCCCAGCAACCACUGUUUCUGUUGCUAUGGAUUUGCCUAUUCUGCACAUUUCCUAUAAAUGGAAUCAUACACUUUGUAUGAUUCGUGAC